AGACGGCAAAUAGAGGACAGGUCAAGUUGGGAACUAUUGGGCUUUACACGGUUAAUUGAUAGGUAAGUUGAACCCAUAUUCACCGCUCUUAGAUUUCAUUCUUUUUCGUAUCACAUUCAGUCUCUGGGGUCGCGUCGAUGUCCAUUGACCAGAACUGCUGUUGACAGCAUGUCAUUAGUUAUUGGGCGCUAUCGAUCACAUUUUUAGAAUGUUUACCGUUCAAUUGUUUUCUUGUGGAGCUGAUCAAUUGUUAUUGAUGUACGCCUGUCUUCAUCCUGACAAUAUUGACACACAGGCUCUUAUUGUGAAUGAGCAUGGAAAUAUAAGGUUAAAGUUAUUGACACACAUGCUCUUAUCGCGAUUAGGGGUGGAAAUCUAAGGUUAAAUGUAUAGAUUAUAAAUGCGCUUGUAAUGCACGAGCCUUUAUUUUAAGAUAUGUAUUGGCUUUGACUUUAUUUACCUAAAAUAUUUAUCUGAUGGUUUGUGUAGCUAUACGUAUAAGUCCAAGGGCUCUUAUUGAUGUGGAUGGAUUAUAAGGGCUCUUAGUUAAAUGUAAUGAUCAAUGGGCUCUAAAUUAUACAGAUGGAUGAAUGGUGUUUUAAGUUAUACAGAUGGAUGAAUGGGCUCUUAUAGAUAUAUAAAUAGAUGAAUGGGCUCUUAUAAAUAUAUAUAUAUAUAUAUAUAUAUAUAUAUAUAUAUAUAGGUGGAUAAAUGUGUUUUUAUAUAUAUAGAUAGAUAUAUGGGCGUAUAAAUAUAAAGGUGGGUGAAUGGAUCCUUUGUUAUAUAGAAAUAUAAAUAGAUAAAUGGGUUUUUUUAAAUAUAUAUAUAUAUAUAUAUAUAUAUAUAUAUAUAUAUAGGUGGAUUAAUGUGUUUUUAGUUAUAUAGAUGGAUAAAUGGGCGUAUAAAUAUAAAGGUGGAUGAAUGGAUCCUUUGUUAUAUAGAUGAAUGAAUGGGAUCUCAGUUAUAAAUAUGGAUGAAUUGGCUCCUAGUUAUAUAUAUGGAUGAAUGGGCUCUUAGUUAUAUAAGUGGAUGAACGGGCUCUUAGUUAUAUAGUGGGAUGAAUGGAUUCUUAGUUAUGUAGAUGGAUAAAUGGGCUUAUAAAUAUAAAGGUGGAUGAAUGAUAUCUUAGUUAUAUAAAUGAAUGAAUGUGUUCUUAUAUAUAUAGAUGGAUGUAUGGGCUCUUAUAUAUAUGUAUAUAUAUAUAUAUAUAUAUAUAUAUAUAUAUAUAUAUAUAUAUAUAUAUAUAUAUAUAUAUGUAUGUUCAUAUAUAUAUAUAUAUAUAUAUAUAUAUAUAUAUAUAUAUAUAUAUAUAUAUAUAUAUAUAUAUAUAUAUAUAAGUGUAUGAGUGGGCUCUUAGUUAUAUAGUUGGAUGAAGGGAUUCUUGGUUAUAUACAGGGUUUCAGCUAUAUAUUAAGCAAACGUAUCCAUACGAUUGUUACACCAAAGUCUAAAACAUUCCAAUGGUUGAGUACCGUAGGACAAGAUGUAAUGAAGACAAUAGGUUCAGACCCAAAAGAUGGUCAUUGACGUCAUGAAGCUCGAAGCUCGUGUGUCUUUGAAAAUACAAAUAGAAAGAAAUCUUUGCAAAGGGGAUUAGUGUAAGUAAAUCAAUGCGCACCAACUUCAGGACAUUUCUCACCAACUUCAGGACAUUUCUCAUCUAUGGACUAUUUCUUAGAUGAUAUGCCUUUUAUAGCUCAUCAGAUUUAGGCCCAUGAUACAUUAUGAAUGGCCAUAAAAUCAGUUACAACUCAAAUGCUCUGAUAUCACGAUAAAAAAAAUAUCAAUUUUCAUUCCAAACUGCCUCGAAUAAGAUCCCUUUGGUAUUAAGAUGUUAAUUUGAACAGUUAUCAGACAGUAUCAAAAUUAAGGCCUCCACUAAUAUGAGACCUGAGUCAAAUGUUCCGACUGACAAAAUUGUGGGGCACCUGACCCCAAUGUGGGGCAACUGACCCCAAUGUGGGGCACCUGACCCCAAUGUGGCUCGGGGCAUACUUGUACAUUUUUUUUAUUAUUGGCAUGACCCAUUGACCGUUAUAAAAGCUAAUUAUGACUGACUUUAAAAUUCUUAUAUCGUGACUUUUAUGGCAACUGCAUGACUUUUAUUGAAUGAGUGUUCGAUCGGUAUUCAUCGAAUGAUACACACUUUGAGUGCGUCCUAUUCAAUGAAAGCUCUUUCAUUGUUUUGAUUGAACACUUUUGAUAGAGAUAGUGGUGACCCGGUGACAACUGAGGAAAGGGAUCAACCAUUGCUUUCUCAUAAUUAUAUUUAUUGAUCUUUAUCUAAACGCUUACCUGAUUGUGAAUGUGCUUGUUGAUGUGAUUUUUUAUGUCAUUGUGAAUGUGAUUGUGAAUGUGAUGGUGAAUAUGAUUGUUUAUGUCAUUGUAAAAGUGAUUGUGAAUGUGAUUGUUAAUUCCUUAACGAUUUUUUAAUGAUCGCUCAAACGUAUUUGAAAACUCUUACAUUAAAGGGAUGACGUCAUCAAAUAAUGUACACAAACUAUAAUUUUUAAUUAACAUUUCAAUUUUCUAUUUAUGCCAGUAAUUUGCGAUCUAUACCACUAAUUUCCAUUAUUUAGGGCAGCGGUUCUCAACCUGUGGGUCGUGACCCCUUUGGGGGUCGCGGGACCCUUUUCCAGGGGUCGCGUAAGACCAUCUGAAAACAUAUAUCCUUACAGCUAUGAAGUAGAAACGAAAAUAAUUGUGUGGCUGGGGGGUCGCCAUGACACGAGAAACUGUAUUAAGGGGUCGCUGCACUAGAAAGGUUGAGAACCACUGCUUUAGGGUAAGAUCACGAAGGAAAAUGAAAUUAUCUUCGGUGUGAAAGGAGCAUAAUGGGUGGGUGCAUAUCAUUUCCGCUUUCAUAUUGUUUGUGGUUUUCAUGGGUUGGCUGAGUAAAAAUGACGUCACCGUGAAUUGAGAGGAAAGAAAUUAUUCAGAGUAAAAGUAUAAAUUCUAUUUGAAAAACUCUAUCAUUGGGUCUGUUUUAAUUAACCCUACUCAGCUUACUGGAGUCGAGUUUAGAAACAACAAACAUGAUUUUAGAACCAACGCAACGUGGUAAUAAUUGGCGGCAACCACGGGCAAGCUACUCUGUUUUACAUACAUUUAAAUGUAGUCUAUACCAGUAAUUUCCUAUCUUUGUCAGUAAUUUCAAAUCUGUGACAGUAAUUUCACAUCUGUGCCAUAAAUUUCCCUUCUAUGCCAGUAAUUUCAAAUCUGUGCCAGUAAUUUCAAAUCUGUGCCAGUAAUUUGACAUCUGUGCCAUAAAUUUCCCACCUAUACCAGUAAUUUCAAAUCUCUGCCAUAAUUCUCACCUAUACCAGUAAUUUCAAAUCUAUGCCAUUAAUUUCCCACCUAUGCCAGUAAUUUCAAAUAUGUACCGAUAAUUUCAGAUCUGUGCCAGUAAGUUCCCACUAUACCAGUUAUUUCCUAUUUAAUUUCCCCCAAGACUUAAAUUGAAGUCCAGCUUCGGUUGGUUAUAAGAACACAUUAGGGCCAUGACGUCACAGAAGGACACAACCAAUCGAACGGCAACACAGCAGCAGCUUCCGUUUUGUGUCCUCAGCGACCAGACGUCGUUAGUAGUUCAUCUAAGAACUAAUGCGCUAUGAGAUUUGUAUAUCCAAAGAUUUCCACUCCCCACCCCAUCUUAAAAUCCCCCAACCCCCUCUCGCACCCCACCCCAAAACAUACUUUCACACAUUUAAAAAAAAAAAUACCCAUAAGACAAAUCACCCUAUUUUUAAUGAUACCUCUUGGGGUUUAAUUCCAAGCUCUAAAGAGAAUCUUAACAGUUGUGCUCCGUCAUUGUAUGUGCUGUACAUUGACUGUUCUCAUCGGGAUAUCAUGGUGACCAUGAUAACAAGAAAUAAGUGAAUAAGUGUCCACCUGGCUAUUGUAAUCUGAUUUUUUAAAUUAAAAUCAAUCAGGCAAAAAUUAUUCUAGCAAUUUGUUUAGUUCAUAAUUGAUCCUAGACUUAAAGAUGUUGAAAUGAACAUUUUUUUUUUAUAAUACCAAUUCUGUUUUAAGGAAAUUCUUUUUAACGUUAUCUUCCUCUAAUGUCUAGAAAAAAUAUUAUGAUGUUUAAGGCAUAUAACUUCAUAUGAAUAAUAGUUUGUUCAAUGUAAGCUCUUCAAAUUUUACCUUAAAAAGAGUAAUAUUGACAUUGACCUACAUUUCGGUAGCACCAGCCUCCUCACACUGGACGUCCCCCCUCCGCCCUAUCAAACCCCACUGAUCUCUGUAGCAGCCGGCCGGAUCUUGGGUUUGCCGCCGAAUGUUGCUAUAUGAUCAUUUCCGGCGAAGUUUCAGUUUCGUCCGAAGCAGAAAAGAUAAAUUUUGGUUGAUUUUCGUUUUUUUUUUUUUUUUAAAACCUAAAUCGCAGAAAGUCUCAUUAGUUUUUUGUAGUUUCGGCUGAAAAUAAUUUUUUAACGUUCGGUUUGGUUUCGGUUUUGGCGAAACCCAAAAAAAUAUCAUUUCCGGCGAAGUUUCAGUUUCGUCCGAAGCAGAAAAGAUAAAUUUUGGUUGAUUUUCGUUUUUUUUUUUUUUUGAAAACCUAAAUCGCAGAAAGUCUCAUUAGUUUUUUGUAGUUUCGGCUGAAAAUAAUUUGUUAACGUUCGGUUUGGUUUCGGUUUUGGCGAAACCCAAAAAAAUCGCAUUCGGGCGGUCUCUAGUUCACCGCCAACUUAUCAUCUACAUAGCAACCUCAUGGAUAUUUAAUUUGUUUUCUCAACACGCCCACCCCGCCGUGGGAACUUGAAAGCCGUGCUUCUACUGGCGCCGUACGGCAUGUUUAGACUGAAUAUAAGCUGGGUACAUGAUAUUCACCGCAAGUUUUGAUAAGGGCCGAAAAACAACAUUGAUUUUUUUUUUUACAGGGACACGUGACCUCUGGUUUACUGAUUGAUGAAAAUUUCAUUAGGGAUUAAAUCUCUAUACAGCUGUUGCAUGAUUGGACUAAAAUUUAAUCAGCAUAAAAUUUUAAAAAAAAACCCCCCCCCCCCCCAAAAAAAAAAAAUAAUAAAAAAAAAAACAUUAUUGAAAGCUUCUCGACAACUUUGAUCAGAAAAAACAAGGAAUUGCCAUUUCUUUCAUUGCUAAGUCGGCUGUUAUCAGUUUAAAAGGGCACGACGAUCAAUACGUGUCGAUAUUCUCUCCCUUUGUCCAAUAUUCAUUGUUGUUUGAAGAUUAGUGAUGUGAGAAAGUGGACACGUGGGCUGCGUGGUUGCAAGGGAAUUCUGGGAGUGUGGUGUUAGACUUUGCCGGAGACACACAAUUUAAUUGAAUUCGAAUGUCCAUACUCAGAGUUACAAUAAGGAGAUCUCGAAUGUGUGUGUGUGUAUGUGUGAAUGACGUGGGGGUGGGGGGUGGUCGCAAGCUAAUGUCUUCUGACGUGGUAACUGUCUCAUAGAAACCUAGGUAUUUUAAUCUCAGCAUUAAAUUAGUUAUUGAUGUGAGAACUAGGCAGUGGGUGAAAAAAAAGGGGAGGGGUGGAGUGGGGAGGGGGUGCUUCUUUUCUUAAUAUGGAGCUUGAGCCCAUUUUCUGUCUACGUGGGGUAUGGCGUCACAAUCUUGGCCCACCCCGAGCAGCACCAAUCUAAGUAGUACAAUCGGAUCUAGGACGAUUCGCCGCUACCAUUUCGCCUCCACCAUUUCGCCUCCACCAUUUUGUCUCCGCUGUUACGCUGACGGGACGGUAUUGCUAGCGACUGAAGGCAUUGAGGGCGAUUAGGCAUUGAUGACGACUAGCGGCAUUGAUGACGACUUAACAAACAAAUCAAUGGCAUUGUGCGAUAUGUUCAAGCGAUUUUCUUUGUCCACUGUGAACAUAUCUGAUCUAUCUGCUAAUAGUGUUCCAAUAUCUGGUCUAUUUAUUGAGAGUGUCGUAAUAUCUGGUACAUCUAUUGAUAGUGUCCCAAUAUCUGGUCUAUUUAUUGAGAGUGUCGUAAUAUCUGGUACAUCUAUUGAUAGUGUCCCAAUAUCUGGUCUAUCUAUACUGAUAGUAUCCCAAAUAUCUGGUCUAUCUAUACUGAUAGUGUCCCAAUAUCUGGUCUAUCUAUACUGAUAGUGUCCCAAUAUCUGGUCUAUCUAUACUGAUAGUGUCUCAAAUAGCUGGUCUAUCUAUACUUAUAGUGUCCCAAUAUCUGGUCUAUCUAUACUGAUAGUGUCCCAAUAUCUGGUCUAUAUAUACUGAUAGUGUCCCAAUAUCUGGUCUAUCUAUACUGAUAGUGUCCCAAUAUCUGAUCUAUCUAUACUGAUAGUGUCCCAAUAUUUGGUCUAUCUAUACUGAUAGUGUCCCAAUAUCUGGUAUAUCUAUUGAUAGUGUCCCAAUAUCUGGUAUAUCUAUUGAGAGUGUCGUAAUAUCUGGUACAUCUAUUGAUAGUGUCCCAAUAUCUGGUCUAUUUAUUGAGAGUGUCGUAAUAUCUGGUACAUCUAUUGACAGUGUCCCAAUAUCUGGUCUAUCUAUACUGAUAGUAUCCCAAAUAUCUGGUCUAUCUAUACUGAUAGUGUCCCAAUAUCUGGUCUAUCUAUACUGAUAGUGUCCCAAUAUCUGGUCUAUCUAUACUGAUAGUGUCUCAAAUAGCUGGUCUAUCUAUACUUAUAGUGUCCCAAUAUCUGGUCUAUCUAUACUGAUAGUGUCCCAAUAUCUGGUCUAUAUAUACUGAUAGUGUCCCAAUAUCUGGUCUAUCUAUACUGAUAGUGUCCCAAUAUCUGGUCUAUCUAUACUGAUAGUGUCUCAAAUAGCUCGUCUAUCUAUACUUAUAGUGUCCCAAUAUCUGGUCUAUCUAUACUGAUAGUGUCCCAAUAUCUGGUCUAUAUAUACUGAUAGUGUCCCAAUAUCUGGUCUAUCUAUACUGAUAGUGUCCCAAUAUCUGAUCUAUCUAUACUGAUAGUGUCCCAAUAUUUGGUCUAUCUAUACUGAUAGUGUCCCAAUAUCUGGUAUAUCUAUUGAUAGUGUCCCAAUAUCUGGUAUAUCUAUUGAGAGUGUCGUAAUAUCUGGUACAUCUAUUGAUAGUGUCCCAAUAUCUGGUCUAUCUAUUGAGAGUGUCGUAAUAUCUGGUAUAGUUAAUAGUUGCUGAUAGUGGUAUGCCUACUGCGGAUGAGAUGUAAAAUAUAUGGCCUAGUAAAACAAAUAGAAGACGAUUCGAUGCAACUGCCUCCCAAAGUUAACGUAUGAUGAGAUCCCCCCUACAAAGUACACCCCAUAAUAUUGCAUUAAAGAUGAAUAACGUCAGGCAGAUUGUCAUCAAGACUGUACGUUCUACCAGGGACAAAGGAUCGACAUUCAGAUUUCAGUACUUCAUUAAAUUUAUGGAUGAUCUAGGAGAACGAUGGAGAAUAUUGUACACACAAAAAUUUAGGAAAAACGAUUCUCGAAAUCUUUCACACUCAACUCGUUUAUGUAAACACAAUAUGUGCCAGAAGCUGACUUUGAAAACUGGCUUACAGAUAUGACAUUUUUAGUAGUCUUGACCGCAUAUUUCAAUGAUCGAAACAUUUGUCUUCAAGGUGAAAACCAACUGAUGUUUAAUAAUUAUAACUUUCACAGGGUCUUGAAUGAAAAUGAAAGUCUGGCAAACAUAAAUUAAGGCAAACCACUUUAUUCAUUUCGACAGAGUGGCUAAACACGACUCCAGUAACACAACCCAAAAAUGUUCAGCCUUGCCUUUCAAUCCGAUACAGGAAUUUGAGAAGAAGUUUCGAGAUUUCUUUAAAAGCUAUCAAAUUGUGGGUAUUAUUUUCGACUCCAUUUUCAGUCGACAUAACCAUAAUCCCUGCUAUAUUACCUGCGAAUUUUCAAAUAUACAUGGAAUUUACAGAGCUAUAAUAAAAAAUUCAAUUUAAAGAAAAACCAUGCAUCUCAUUAAUGGACUUCUGUAAGAUAUAGCUUCCAAGUCAAAAAUAUAUUAAACUUCUCCCUACUAAUAAUUUUAUGUUGCUUUCUGUAUUGAUUCUCUAUUGAUUUUAUAACACAAAUUUAAUCAAUCAAUGAAGUUCAAAUCACUUAAAGUCUCGGUCCUGUUGUCCUCGGAUUAAUGAAAAACCUGGAAAUGAGAAACCCUAUUAAGGACUAGUUAAUAAAUGAUGAAAAUAAGGAGAAUUUUUCUUAAGUAUUUUUUAAUGUCGAUAGCUAGCCACAAGGUACACCGCCCUUCCGCAGCCACAAAUUGAUCUUUCUUUGUGCUGUAUUGCCAGCGUGAUGGUAUCUGUUCUGUUGCCAACUAACAACACCAAUUGAUCUUUCUUUGUGCUGUAUUGCCAGCGUGAUGGUAUCUGUUCUGUUGCCAACCAACAACACCAAUUGAUCUUUCUUUGUGCUGUAUUGCCAGCGUGAUGGUAUCUGUUCUGUUGCCAACUAACAACACCAAUUGAUCUUUCUUUGUGCUGUAUUGCCAGCGUGAUGGUAUCUGUUCUGUUGCCAACUAACAACACCAAUUGAUCUUUCUUUGUGCUGUAUUGCCAGCGUGAUGGUAUCUGUUCUGUUGCCAACUAACAACACCAAUUGAUCUUUCUUUGUGCUGUAUUGCCAGCGUGAUGGUAUCUGUUCUGUUGCCAACUAACAACACCAAUUGAUCUUUCUUUGUGCUGUAUUGCCAGCGUGAUGGUAUCUGUUCUGUUGCCAACUAACAACACCAAUUGAUCUUUCUUUGUGCUGUAUUGCCAGCGUGAUGGUAUCUGUUCUGUUGCCAACUAACACCAACCAUGUCAUCUCAGGUUACAGCCCAUGGGCCGGCUCACCUUACCAAGCUCAGUAGGUUACUGAACUUAAUCUUCAUCAGCGGACGAGAUGGUCAUGGGGUCCUGGCGUGACUGGGUACUAGGGCAGUGGGGUCCUGGUGGGACAGGAAGGGCAGUGGGGUCCUGGUGGGACAGGGUACUAGGGCAGUGUGGUCCUGGUGGGACAGGGUACUAGAACAGUGGGAUCCUGGUGGGACAGGGUACUAGGGCUGUGGGGUCCUGGUGUGACAGGGUACUAGGGCAGUGGGGUCCUAGUGGGACAUGGUACUAGGGCAGUGAGGUCCUGGUGUUACAGGGUACUAGGGCAGUGGGGACCUGAUGUGACAGGGUACUAGGGCAGUGGGGUCCUGGUGUGACAGGGUACUAGGGCGUGUGUUCCUGGCGUGACAGGGUACUGAGGCAGUGUGGUCCUGGUGUGACAGGGUACUUCGGCAGUGGGGUCCUGGUGGGACAGGUACUAGGGCAGAUGGGUCCUGGUGGGACAGAGUACUAGGGCAGUGGGGUCCUGGUGUGACAGGGUACUAGGGCAGUGGGGUCCUGGUGUUACGGGGUACUAGGGCAGUGGGGACCUGAUGUUACAGGGUACUAGUGCAGUGUGGUCCUGGUGGGACAGGGUAGUAAGGGAGUGGGGUCCUGGUGGGGCUGGGUACUAGGGCAGUGAGGUCCUGAUGGGACAGGGUUCUAGGGCAGUGGGGUCCUGAUGGGACAGGGUUCUAGGGCAGUGGGGUCCUUGUGUGACAGGUACUAGGGCAGUGUGGUCCUGGCGUGACAGUGUACUAGGGCAGUGGGGUCCUGGUGUGACAGCGUACUAGGGCAGUCGGGUCCUGGUGUUACAGGGUACUAGGGCAGUGGGGUCCUUAUGUUACAGCAUACUAGUGCAGUGUGGUCCUGGUGUUACAGGGUACUAGGGCAGUGGGGUCCUGGCGUGACAGCGUACUAGGGCAGUGGGGUCCUGGUGUGACAGGGUACUAGGGCAGUGGGGUCCUGGUGGGACAGGGUACUAGGGCAGUGGGGUCCUGGCGUGACAGACUAGUGCAGUGUGGGCCUGGGGGUACAGGGUACUAGGGCAGUGUGGUCCUGGCGUGACAGCGUACUAGGGCAGUGGGGUCCUGGUGUGACAGGGUACUAGGGCAGUGGGGUCCUGGUGUUACAGGGUACUAGGGCAGUGUGGUCCUGGCGUGACAGCGUACUUGGGCAGUGGGAUCCUAGAUUGACAGGGUACUAGGGCAGUAGGGUCCUAGUGGGACAGGGUACUAGGGCAGUGGGGUCCUUGUGGGACAGGAUACUAGGGCAGUGGUGUCCUGGUGGGGCAGGGUACUAGGGCAGUGGGGUCCUUGUGGGGCAAAGUACUAGGGCAGUGGAGUCCUGGUGGGGCAGGGUACCAGAGCAGUAGGGCCAUGGUGGGACAAUACACUAGGAAAAGGAGUCCUGGUGAAGCAGGAUGGGGGUGGGGGCAGAAGGUCGUAGGGUGAAAUGACCUUGGGAUUUAUAGGGUAUACGGGGGGAAUAGGUUCAUAGAGAUCAGUAGGACCAUUAAGGAUGAUAUGAUACCGAGGGAUAAUGGAUCAAAGAGUGAUAGGGUAUUGGGGUCGAUCAAGUCUUCGAGGCAUAUUUUAUCAAAAUAUUUAUAAGGCUUUGAAAGAAAGGAUAAGUUGGUAAAAUUUAAUGACGUCAUCAAUCUCACCUAACUCUCUCUUUUGUAAGAAUUUAUUUAUUUAUUUAUUUAUUUUUGGGGGGGGUCUUUUUUAAAGUCUGUCUAUGUUAUGGAAGAAGCAAACAUGUUGAACUUUGACUCUUGACCCUUGACAUGUUAGUUUACCUCGUGUACUGGUUUAUUAUUUUAUCCAAUUUAAACAAUAUUUUAUGUUUUGAAAAUGAGCAUGUUCCUUUCGAAAAAAACUUGCUGUAUUUGGAUUGCCUAAAAUGAGAGCAAGCCCCAUUCAACAAAUAAACACACACAUACCCACACACUGAUCCACGCAAUCCACACACGCACACACCCAAACACACCGACAGACACACACGCACCUCUGUUCAGACAACUAAUCUUGACCUGAUUGUGUUUACCAUAUACAAUGCCCCGCAAGUGUGUCUGACAAAUAUAACGGGAAUCCUAUCGUCUGUUCAAUGUCCUUGUCCGGCACACUGGCCGGACACGUGCAUUGAUGCAAUUUGGGACAGAAAUGAGAUUAUCUCCCCUCGAUAUUUGCAAAGCUAAAGUGAGUGUUCCCUACGUCCAUUUUUGUGAGAUGAAUUCUUUUGAUGCAAUGACAUUAUCUGGAUGCCCUCCUCGCUAUUGCAUUGUAUCACUUUAUGACAUAAGUACAUCUACUCUACAGUGAAUGUCUUAUGUCCAAUGGCUUUCAGGAGUCUAUCGCCCUGUAACUUUUCAACCCCACCUUUUCUAUCUUCUGCAACCCUGCCAAUGAUUUGACAACGUCACGUACACCCACAAAAGUAAAAAUUCAUUUAAAUUUAAAAGAAAAACAAUAUCUUCCUACUUAUUUUUGCAAAUAAUCACGAAGAAAAGGGCAUCAACUAGAAAAUAAACUUGUAACUAAUUAGAGAAAGUAAAACACGAAUGAAGAAUUUUAUUACUAUAUAUAUAUAAAUUAAUAUAUUAUUUCAUAAAUUAAAGGUCAGUGGCUCUUCUGUUCAUAUUAUUACUUAUUCUCACACCUCGUCAAAUGGCACCUCACAUCCCCAGAAAUACCACCUCACAUCCCCAGAAAUACCACCUCACAUCCCCAGAAAUACCACCUCACAUCCCCAGAAAUACCACCUCACAUCCCCAGAAAUACCACCUCACAUCCCCAGAAAUACCACCUCACAUCCGCUGAAAUGCCACCUCGCAUCCCCUGAAAGGUCACAUCGUAUCCCUUGAAAUGUCACAUCGCAUCCCCAGAAAUACCACCUCACAUCCCAUGAAAUGUCACAUUGCGUCCCCUGAAAUGUCACCUCGCAUCCCCUGAAAUGCCACCUCGCAUCCCCUGAAAUGUCACCUAGCAUCCCCUGAAAUGUCACAUCGCAUCCCUGAAAUGUCACAUCACAUCUCAUGAAAUGCCACCUCGCAUCCCCUGAAAUGUCACCUAACAUCCCCUGAAAUGUCACAUCGCAUCCCUGAAAUGUCACAUCACAUUUCAUGAAAUGUCACCUCGCAUCCCCUGAAAUGGCACCUCGCAUCCCCUGAAAUGUCACAUCGCAUCCCUGAAAUGUCACAUCACAUCUCAUGAAAUGUCACCUCACAUCCCUUGAAAUGCCAUCUCGAAUCUACUGAAAUGUCACCUCACAUCCCUUGAAAUGCCAGCGCGAAUCCUCUGAAAUGUCAGCUCGCAUCCCCUGAAAUGUCACAUCGCAUCCCUGAAAUGUCACACAACAUCUCAUGAAAUGCCACCUCGUAUCCCCUGAAAUACCACCUCACAUCCCCUGAAAUGUCACAUUGCAUCCCCUGAAAUGCCACCUCGCAUCCCCUGAAAUGUCACAUCGCAUCCCUGAAAUGUCACAUCACAUCUCAUGAAAUGUCACCUCACAUCCCUUGAAAUGCCACCUCGAAUCCCCUGAAAUGUCACCUCACAUCCCUUGAAAUGCCAGAGCGUAUCCUCUGAAAUGUCACAUCACAUCCCCUGAAAUGUCAAAUCACAACCCCUGAAAUGCCAACUCGCAACCCUUGAUCUAGCGAUGCUCACAUUUAAGUAUACCCCUAUUGAUUCCACCAUUUCGUGUGAUUGGACAAGUCACACCAACAUAGUGCGGCUUCAUUUCAAUCAUUUUUAUCGCCAUUAAGAAUGUUUUUGGCCUUUUUCUGAAGGCCUCUACAUCAGCGGUUCUCAACCUGUGGGUCGCGAUCAACUGUGAAAAUUGUAAGAUUGGGACAGCCCCAACGCAUCAACUUUGAGAAUUGGAAGAUUGUGACAACACCAACAGAUCAACUGUGAGAAUUGGAAGAAAGUGACAACACCAACAGAUUAACUGUGACAAUAGGAAGAUUGUGAUAGCACCAACACAUCAACUGUGAGAAUUUGAAGAUUGUGACAACACCAACACAUCAACUGUGAGAAUUGGAAGAUUGUGACAACACCAACAGCUCAACUGUGAGAAUUGGAAGAUAGGGACAACACCAACAGAUAACUGUGGCAAUAGGAAGAUUGUGAUAGCACCAACACAUCAACUGUGAGAAUUGGAAGAUUAUGACAGCACCAACACAUCAACUUUGAAAAUAUGAAGAUUGUGAAACACCAAAUGAUCAACUGUGGCAAUAGGAAGAUUGUGAUUGCACCAACACAUCAACUGUGGCAAUAGAAAGAUUGUGACAGCACCAACACAUCAACUUUGAAAAUAGGAAGAAUGUGACAACACCAACAGAUCAACUGUGGCAAUAGGAAGAUUGUGCUAGCACUAACACAUCAACUGUGGCAAUUGAAAGAUUGUGACAACACCAACACAUCAACUGUGAGAAUUGGAAGAUUGUGACAACACCAACACAUCAACUGUGGCAAUUGAAAGAUUGUGACAGCACCAACACAUCAACUGUGGCAAUAGAAAGAGUGUGACAACACCAACAGAUCAACUGUGGCAAUAGGAAGAUUGUGAUUGCACCAACACAUCAACUUUGAAAAUCGAAAGAUUGUGACAGCACCAAUACAUCAACUGUGAGAAAUGGAAGAUUGUGACAACACCAACACAUCAACUGUGGCAAUAGAAAGAUUGCGAUAGCACCAACACGUCAACUGUGGCAAUAGAAAGAUUGUGACAGCACCAACAGAUCAACUGUGAGAAUUGGAAGAUUGUGACAGCACCAACACAUCAACUUUGAAAAUAGGAAGAUUGUGAUAACACCAACAGAUCAACUGUGAGAAUUGGAAGAUUGUGACAGCACCAACACAUCAACUUUGAAAAUAGGAAGAUUGUGACAGCACAAACAUAUCAACUGUGAGAAUUGGAAGAUUGUGACAACACCAACAUAUCAACUGUGAGAAUUGGAAGAUUGUGACAACACCAACAGAUCAACUGUGAGACUUGGAAUAUUGUGACAACACCAAUAUAUCAACUGUGGCAAUAGAAAGAUUGUGACAGCACCAACACAUCAACUGUGGCAAUUGGAAGAUUGUGACAGCAUCAACAGAUCAUUCCGUGUAAUGCUAUAACAAUAUUUGUAAAACACUCAGACUGAGAUUAAACUGGAACAGCAGUGAUAUAGAUUUUUCCAUUGUACAUUUGUCAUUACCCGCCCCCCCCACACUUGCCCCCCCCCCCUUUUUUUCCCCAUGCCCGCCCUCCCCACGUUCUAAAUGACGCACUGAAAGUCGCCACUAGAGUCAUGUCACACUUGUUGGGGCGUCAAUGACAAUUGUCACCGUGGAGCUGUGUUGUUCAUGGCUGUCAAAUAAAUGUGUUUACCAGGGGUUCUAGAGCAGCGUGAAAUACAUUUUGCUUGGGGUACUAUGUGUAGGUCAAUUUUUAUUGUGUGUGUGUGGGGGGGGGGGUUGGUGAUUGUGUUUGUGACUGUUCUGUGUGUGUGUGUUGAACUAUUGUGUGUGAGAAUAUUUGUCUGUUGGGACAAUUAGUUUGUGUAUGUGACUAUUUGUGUGUAUGUAUGUGGGGACUACUUGGGUAUGAAAACAAUUAUGUUUGCAAGUAUUGUGGACUAAUUAGUGUAAAUGGACAAUUUGUUUGUGUAUGUGUGUGGAUUUGGUUUAUCGUUUGUGAGUCUAUUGUGUAUGUGACUUUUAGGGUGUGUAUGUCUAUGGGACUAUGUAGACGAUUGUGUGUGUGACUAAUGUGUAUGUGACUAUUUGGACGAUUGUGUGUGUGACUAAUGUGUAUUUGACUAUUUGGACGAGUGUGUGUGGGACUAAUGUGUAUGUGACUAUUUGGACGAUUGUAUGUGGGACUAAUGUGUAUGUGACUAUUUGGACGAUUGUGUGUGUGACUAAUGUGUAUGUGACUAUUUGGACGAUUGUAUGUGGGACUAAUGUGUAUGUGACUAUUUGGACGAUUGUAUGUGGGACUAAUGUGUAUGUGACUAUUUGGACGAUUGUAUGUGGGACUAAUGUGUAUGUGACUAUUUGGACGAUUGUAUAUGGGACUAUUGUGUAUGUGACUAUUUGCUUGUGUAUUGUGCGUGGGACUAAUGUGUAUGUGACUAUUUGGACGAUUGUAUGUGGGACUAAUAUGUAUGUGACUAUUUAGACGAUUGUGUUUGGGACUAAUGUGUAUGUGACUAUUUGGACGAUUGUAUGUGGGACUAAUGUGUAUGGGACUAUUUGGACGAUUGUGUGUGGGACUAAUGUAUAUGUGACUAUGUGGACGAUUGUAUGUGGGACUAAUACGUAUGUGACUAUUUGGACGAUUGUAUAUGGGACUAUUGUGUAUGUGACUAUUUGCUUGUGUAUUGUGUGUGGGACUAUUUUUUUGCGAUGAGAUCUUGACGUAUUAUCAAAACUGUUUCUUGAACUAUCUUCUCUGAGUAAACAACCCCUGCUUUGUUUGGUAUUCAAGCGCCGCGGACCUUUUUGUCUUGCGGAGAUGAGAUGUGAAAUGGGGAGGCGUAAAAGGGAGGGGGGGGGGAUGUCCCGGAUCAAUACAAGACAAUAGAUCUUGAGCUCAGGGGUCGGUCUAUGGCUCUGGAUCGAGAAAAGUCAAUUAAUAAAUUAUUUGAUUGUUUUUGUUUUUUUAAUUAAGAGGGUUGAAAAAUUAUUAAAAAAACGGAAACCAGAGAUAGGCCCAGGACCAACGCUUUACUUGGUGUUGGUGUUGGUGGUGGUGUGGAUGUUGUUGUGGGUGGUGGUGUUGGUGUUGGUGAUGUUGUUUUUAAACUAAUAUAAAAUGUGACAUGAAUUGGUAGGGUACUUUCGUUAGCAGGGAACUUGCAUUAGAUAGGUACUUGCAUUAGCAAGGAACUUUCAUUAGCCGGAUACUUUCAUUAGCAGGAUACUUUCAUUAGCAGGGUACUUCCAUUAGCAGUAAACUUGCAUUGGUAGAGUACUUGCAUUGGUAGGGUACUUGCAUUAGAAGGGCAUUUGCAUUAGCAGGGAACAUUCAUUAGCAGGGAACUUUUAUUUUGCAGGGUAUUUUCAUUAGCAGGGUACUUUCAUUAGCAGGGAACUUGCAUUAGCAUGGUACUUGCAUUAGCAGGGAACUUAUAUUAGCAGUGUACUUCCUUAAGCAGCAGGAAACUUGCAUUGGUAGGGUACUUUCAUUAGCAGGGAACUUGCAUUAGCAGGGUAUUUUCAUUAGCAGGGUACUUGCAUUAGAAGGGCACUUGCAUUAUCAUGGAACUCGCAUUAGCAGGGUACUUUCACCAGCAGGGUAGUAGAUCUUGCUGGGUUCUUUCAUUAGAAGGCUCCUGGCAUUAUCAUGGUACUUUCAUUAGCAGGGAACUCGCAUUAGCAGGGUAUAUGUGUUAGCAGGAAACUUCCAUUAGCAGGAAACUUGAACUAGCAGCGAACUUGAAUUUGCAGGGCACGCGCAUUCGUGUAGAAUUUGCAUUAGCAAACACCUUGAAUUAGCAGAGAGCUUCCAGCAUCAGUUUCCUUGCAUAAGUAUGACAACUGUCAAAUGUUUUAUACACAUGUUUUGACUCUUGUUAAUUGUAAGAGAGGGUAGGGGUAAUGUGACUGACCCGUUCAAUAAUCAUCCCAUUAUUUAAAUAAAAACACGGAGCACGGUCUCAUCUUAAUAAUGUGUAGGUCAUCAUGUAGGUCAUCAUGUAGGUCAUCACGUAGGUCAUCAUGGAGGUCAUCAUGUAGGUCAUCAUGGAGGUCAUCAUGUAGGUCAUCAUGUAGGUCUUCCCGAAGUGCCGGAUUCACCAAAAGACAAAUGAGGCACGCGGCUAAUGGCCACGUGACCAGGGAUUCUACAUUUUAGGUGGGGGUAAGGAAAGGGGGGGGGGGGCGUGAUCUUAAGUUGAACUUACUUGUAAUGCCGUAAUGUAUAGUUCUGAGGGGCAUCUCAAUACAUGAUCGGCUAAUGGCCACGUGACCAGGGAUUCUACAUUUUAGGUGGGGGUAAGGAAAGGGGGGGGGGGGCGUGAUCUUAAGUUGAACUUACUUGUAAUGACGUAAUGUAUAGUUCUGAUGGGCAUCUCAAUACAUGACACGUUAUAGAAGCAAGGGGAGAAAAGAGCAAAGUAAGGGAAACAACACAAAGUAAAUGUAUUCCCUAUUACUGAAAUCAUCAAAGGGAGGAUACCGAGAAAGUAAACCCUUUAGACGACAGCAGGAUGAAUAGAGUUUUUUUAAAAUAAAAUUCUAUGUCUGUCAACUGGAAAAAUAAGCGACCAAACAUAUUUGAUUCUUGCGAUUUUUAACAAAAGUUUGGCUCGAACUGAAAGUGAAGGAUAUUUGAAGGGGUCGGGGAGGGAAAAGCCGUGUCUUACCUUGACUGUUCGCCCCGAACACACAUGCAAUGCCUUUAUAUAAACCACACAAUGACGUACGGGCAUUCUAACCCUACCCGCCCCACCCCAAGAGGCGCUAUACUUUGACAGCACAUCAUACAAGGGUGGAAUCCAAAUGUUUCAAUUCGGCUCUGUCAGCAUGCAGCUAGCCAGCAAUAGGAAGUGGGACGUGAAGCUAGCCAGCAAUGGCCUGGUGAUAGGAGAGAGACGUGAAGCUAGCCAGCAAUGGCCUGGUGAUAGGAUUGAGAUGGGAAGCUAGCCAGCCAUGGCUUGACGAUAGGAAUUGAAACGUGAAACUAGCCAGCAAUGGCCUUGUGAUAGGAGUGAGAUGGGAAGCUAGCCAGCCAUCGCUUGACGAUAGGAAGUGAAACGUGAAGCUAGCCAGCAAUGACCUGGUGAUAGGAAUGAGAUGGGAAGCUAGCCAACCAUGGCUUGACAAUGGGAAGUGAGACGUGAAGCUAGCCAGCAAUGGCCUGGUGAUAGGAGUGAGAUGGGAAGCUAGCCAGCCAUGGCUUGACGAUAGGAAGUGAGAUGUGAAGCUAGCCAGCAAUGGCCUGGUGAUAGGAAGUGAGAUGUGAAGCUAGACAGCAAUGGCCUGGUGAUAGGAAGUGAAACGUGAAGCUAGCCAGCCAUGGCUUGACGAUAGGAAGUGAAACGUGAAGCUAGCCAGCAAUGGUCUAGUGAUAGGAAGUGAGAUGUGAAGCUAGCCAGCAAUUGCUGGACGAUAGGAAGUGAAACGUGAAGCUAGCCAGCCAUGGCUUGACAAUAGGAAGUUAAACGUGAAGCUAGCCAGCAAUGCCUUGGUGAUAGGAAGAGAGAUGUGAAGCUAGCCAGCAAUGGCUUGACGAUAGGAAGUGAAACGUGAAGCUAGCCAGCAAUGGCCUGGUGAUUGGAGUGAGAUGGGAAGCUAGCCAGCCAUGGCUUGACGAUAGGAAGUGAAACGUGAAGCUAGCCAGCAAUGGCCUGGUGAUAGGAAGUGAGAUCAGAAGCUAGACAGCAAUGGCCUGGUGAUAGGAAGUGAAACGUGAAGCUAGCCAGCAAUGGCUUGACGAUGGGAAGUGAAACGUGAAGCUAGCCAGCAAUGGCCUAGUGAUAGGAAGUGAGAUGUGAAGCUAGCCAGCAAUGGUUUGACGAUAGGAAGUGAAACGUGAAGCUAGCCAGCAAUGGUCUAGUGAUAGGAAGUGAGAUGUGAAGCUAGCCAGCAAUUGCUGGACGAUAGGAAGUGAAACGUGAAGCUAGCCAGCCAUGGCUUGACAAUAGGAAGUUAAACGUGAAGCUAGCCAGCAAUGCCUUGGUGAUAGGAAGAGAGAUGUGAAGCUAGCCAGCAAUGGCUUGACGAUAGGAAGUGAAACGUGAAGCUAGCCAGCAAUGGCCUGGUGAUUGGAGUGAGAUGGGAAGCUAGCCAGCCAUGGCUUGACAAUAGGAAGUUACAUGUGAAGCUAGCCAGCAAUGGCUUGGUGAUAGGAAGUGAGAUGUGAAGCUAGCCAGCAAUGGCUUGACGAUAGGAGUAAGAUAGGAAGUUAGCCAGCAAUGGCCUGGGGAUAGGAGUGAGAUGUGAAGCUAGCCAGCAAUAGCCUGGUGUUAGGAAGUGAGAUGUGAAGCUAGCCAGCAAUGGCCUGUUGAUAGGAAAUGAGAUGUGAAACUAGCCGGCAAUGGCCUGGUGAUAGGAAGUGAGAUGUGAAGCUAGCCAGCAAGCGCUUGACGAUAGGAAGUGAAACGUGAAGCUAGCCAGCAAUAGCUUGACGAUAGGAAGUGAAACGUGAAGCUAGCCAGCCGUGGCUUGACAAUAGGAAAUGAGAUGUGAAGCUAGCCAGCAAUGGCUUGGUGAUAGGAAGUGAGAUGUGAAGCUAGCCAGCAAUGGCUUGUGAUAGGAAGUGAGAUGUGAAGCUAGCCAGCAAUGGCUUGGUGAUAGGAAGUGAGAUGUGAAGCUAGCCAGCAAUGGCCUGGUGAUAGGAAGUGAGAUGUGAAGCUAGCCAGCAAUGGCCUGGUGAUAGGAGUAAGAAGGGAAGCUAGCCAGCCAUGGCUUGACGAUAGGAAGUGAAAAGUGAAGCUAGCCAGCAAUGGCCUGGUGAUAGGAGUAAGAUGGGAAGCUAGCCAGCCAUGGCUUGACGAUAGGAAGUGAAACGUGAAGCUAGCCAGCAAUGGCCUGGUGAUAGGAAGUGAGAUGUGAAGCUAGCCAGCAAUGGCCUGGUGAUAGGAGUAGGAUGGGAAGCUAGCCAGCCAUGGCUUGACGAUAGGAAGUGAAACGUGAAGCUAGCCAGCAAUGGCAUGGUGAUAGGAGUAAGAUGGGAAGCUAGCCAGCCAUGGCUUGACGAUAGGAAGUGAAAAGUGAAGCUAGCCAGCAAUGGCCUGGUGAUAGGAAGUGAGAUGUUUCCAUCAUGUAAUGAAACAAAUUGUGCUUGUAUGGGGGUUAAGCGUGUAUUGUCUUACGCUUGCUCACAUUCUUUUAAUGGGCCUUUCACUUAUAUUGGUGGUCAGCAAAUCGCGGCUCGCGAGCCGCAUGCGGCUCUUUAGCGACCUGAGUGCGGCUCGGCCAGUCGGGCACAAAUCGGUUUUGACUCCGAAAAAAAUAUUUCCUGUCAGAUUCUUGAGAGAAAUUUGGCUCUCAAUUUUUUCUUAAUUGUCCUGCAGCUGAUUUUUGGCUCUUUUGACUAAUAAGUCUGCCGACCACUGACUAAUAAGUCUGCCGACCACUGACUAAGAAGUCUGCCGACCACUGACUAAUAAGUCUGCCGACCACUGACUAAUAAGUCUGCCGACCACUGACUAAGAAGUCUGCCGACCACUGACCUAUACAUAGGCGUAUCCAAUAAAUAAAUCUUCCUUCAUAGCAAAAAUGCUAAAUAAUUUAAACACCUCAUUGGAAAUAUCCUAUGAAUCAGCAAUCUCUCUUUCUCUCUCUCUCUCUCUCUCUCUCUCUCUCUCUCUCUCUAUAUAUAUAUAUAUAUAUAUAUAUAUAUAUAUAUAUAUAUAUAUAUAUAUAUCUCUCUCUCUCUCUCUCUCUCUCUCUCUCUCUCUCUCUCUCUCUCUCUCUCUCUCUCUCUCUAUCUCUCUCUCUCUCCCUCCAUCUCUCUCUCUAUAUAUAUAUAUAUAUAUAUAUAUAUUUGCUACUGCACAUAAAUUCUUUUAUGCAUGAAAUAUUUGUUUUGGAAAAUCGAGCUCCCGGCAAGAACGCUGGUGAACAUUUACAUUUUUAACUAGUUUCUAUUUCUUGUCGUAUCAUUUGUUCCGUCUGCCGAGGAAGGCUCUUAGCCGAAACGUUCUUCUUUUAUUUUCCCGUCUUUCGAUUCCAGUUUCCACAACCCUGUUCAACUAUUUCCUUGUGACGCUUUAGCCUUUUGAAACGCCAGUUAUUGUUAGCAAUGAUUAUCUUUAAUAAUCCAUACGUUCUUUUAUUAAUUAGGAAUCAGAGACAUUGACCUAAAUUAUUAACCUCCUGGAAAUCAAGUAUUGAUUUAUUUUUUUUUAAUUUUUUUUUUUUUUGGUUGAUUUUUUUUGCACAUUAAAAAAUUAUUCUUUUUUAAAAUUUCAUUUCUUAAUCUGGUUCUUGUUAUCCUUGUUAUUCCCGGCAUCGUUAGCAUAAAUCAAUUUAAUUAGGAUCAGAGAUGAAAUGAACUUAAAUUUUGAAUGUUUAAAAAGGCUAAAGGUAACUAGUGCUCCAUGCCAUGACUUAUUUGGCGACUGAAACAGCUGGACUGUUUGUUCAUCAAUGGAGCGGACGUUCGCAUAGGGAUGUUCAUAAGUUGAUGGUUUCAUCUUCAAUUAAUCAUCACCCAUCAUCUUGCAUCAACCGAAGGAUGAAAAAUAUGGGUCAGGCCCUUCUUGUGUUGGAUCCGAGCAGUGGUUCUCAGCCGUGUUAGUUCCGCCACCGUUUGAUUACAUUCGCCAAGCUGGUGACACCCACAACCGAGAAGUUGACUUGGGGGGGGGGAGUGGGGGUGGGGGGUGGAGAGAUAUAAAUAGGAAGGUGGGCGGUGAGGACCGACCCCUCUGUACCCCCUUCCUGCCGACCCCUCUGUACCCCCUUCCCGCACCGUAUGGGAGAUUGAAUUAUCAAUAAAUUAUACUUAUUUGUAAUCUUGCAAAAAAAAAAAAUCUGAAAUAUCUGAAGUGUUCACGAGAUCUUGGCGACCAAAGGCUUGAGAACCAUUGGAUUAAAGUGCUCAGAAGAAAGAGUAAUACCAGACGACCAUGCUUUUCUGCUAGCUCUUCCGCCUCCUAAGUCUAUUCCAUUUACAUCCCUGUCACCACAUACAAAGGUCAUGGACAUUAGCCCCCAGCUACCCCCUGUCACCACAUACAUGGGUCAUGGACAUUAGCCACGAGCUACUCCCCUGUCACCAUAUACAUGGGUCAUGGACAGUAGCCACGAGCUACCCCCUGUCACCACAUACAUGGAUCAUGGACAAUAGCCACGAGCUACUCCCCUGUCACCACAUACAUGGGUCAUGGACAGUAGCCACGAGCUACCCCCUGUCACCACAUACAUGGGUCAUGGACAGUAGCCACGAGCUACUCCCCUGUCACCACAUACAUGGGUCAUGGACAGUAGCCACGAGCUACCCCCCUGUCACCACAUACAUGUGUCAUGGACAGUAGCUACGAGCUACCCCCCUGUCACCACAUACAUGGGUCAUGGACAGUAGCUACGAGCUACCCCCCGUCACCAAAUACAUGGGUCAUGGACAAUAGCCAAGAGACACCCCAUACCUGGGUCCUGGACAGUAGCCACGAGCCACCCCCCUGUCACCACAUACAUGGGUCAUGGACAGUAGCUACGAGCUACCCCCCUGUCACCACAUACAUGGGUCAUGGACAGUAGCUACGAGCUACCCCCUGUCACCACAUACAUGGGUCAUGGACAAUAGCCACGAGCUACUCCCCUGUCACCACAUACAUGGGUCAUGGACAGUAGCCACGAGCUACCCCCCUGUAACCACAAACAUGGGUCAUGGACAGUAGCUACGAGCUACCCCACUGUCACCACAUACAUGGGUCAUGGACAGUAGCCACGAGCUACCCCCCUGUCACCACAUACACGGGUCAUGAGCGAUGGCCACUAGCUACCUUCCCACCCCCCCCCCCCCUACACACGUCAUGUUCUUGUCCUUCUAAUCUGAUCCAUUCAUUAACAUCCUAGACACUGGGCUCCCUUAUUGACCAGCCUCGGGUUUACUCCAGGACCUUCUUCCUUGCAACGCGAAGCUCUCACGAGGGCUGGUGUCAAAUAUGUUCCGGGCGAGAACAAACUCAUGCAACUUUAAAAGCCCAGACACACUGUCAAUAAUUUGGGCGGGACGUUUGGUGGAGGCCAUCUGGUGGUCCGAGGGGUUGUGUGUGUGUGGGGGGAUGGUGGGGUUCUGUGAGGGGGGAUUUUUAAAGGUCAUGGUCAUCAGGUGUCACAGCACCAGCUUAUCGAUAUCUCUACGAACGAUGAUUUGCGACAGCGUCGAAUGUGAUCAAUAAUCAAUUUCCUCUGUCAUUCGGGACGUAGCAUCUUCUGCCAGGAUUAUGUAUUGAUAGAAACCAGCAAGCAUCGAUCCAAUUUGUAGUGGGAUUGGGGGGGGGGAGGAUGCUAACAACCAAAAACAUACAAGGGGGUGGGGAGUACUGAACAAAUUCAAACAUCAUAUGGUGUAUCUUUGUUUUUGUUCAGUGCCAUUUGGGAUAAAUCAGUCCACCUUCCCUAUACAUUCACAACGUAAAGAAGUUGCAUAGAUGCAUAGCAUUUAGCCCAGGUCGACAUACCAUAUAUUGGUUAUGGUAUUGCACAAUUCGGUCUUGGUUACAUCGAGAUUGUGUCAUGACACAGUCGUGUACUGCGACUAUUCACGCUCUAAAUCUCUGCAUUAAGCUCUCAUGAGAAAUGUACCUUUUAAACACGUGCAAAGAUUGCCUACUUGUUAGCCUAGCUCUAUAGUAGAAUCACACGACCCAUUUAAAACAAUGUUUUCCCUGUAAAUCCUUCAUAUGCCUUGUUGUUUGCAUUCGUGUAAAUGUACGUGAGUUAUCGUUCAUCAAGAAGCGGUUCAGUAAGUGGGUCAAUUCAGGCGAAAACACGUUUCAUUUUACGUCAAUUCUGCCAUUAAAAUACAUUUUACUUUUACUGCGUAUCCAAAUACGUCACAAAUACAAAGCACAUAGCGACCGACAGCUACACAAUUAAACUCCACACCAAAGCACGCAGCCGUCGAAAAACAGGGGAAAAAUAGUUUUAGCGUUGGGGGUGGGGUGGAAAUUUGAAAGAAUGUGUCGUCAUCGGCAACAAAUCCGUGUGCCGAGUUUCAGCUCGAUUGGAUGAUGGGAAGUGGGUCAUUUAGCCUUCCGAAGAUUUUGUCACAGCACACAAACAAAAGCGAAGUUAAUACGAAGGAUUUGAAAAAAUAAAAAGGGAAGACAAUUAUAUUUAUCGUAAGAACUAAGUGUACUAAGCCGCAUGUUUCUAUUAAUGCUAGAUGGUGCUGAGACAAGUAGAAGGCGAUCCGAUUGGCAAAUUAAAACACAUAAACAAAUGCAAUUCGUUGCCAUAUAUGGCAUAGGACAUUGGCCUAUUUAUUUAAGUUGUAGCCCCAGAUACAACGUUAUCUCACCAUUCACUGUCAUUCGCUGUCAUUCGCUGUCAUUCGCUGUCAUUCGCUGUCAUUCGCUGUCAUUCGCUGUCAUUCGCUGUCAUUCGCUGUCAUUCGCUGUCAUUCGCUGUCAUUCACUGUCAUUCACUGUCAUUCACUUUCACUCACUGUCACUCACUGUCAUUCACUGUCAUUCACUGUCAUUCACUGUCAUUCACUGUCAUUCACUGUCAUUCACUGUCAUUCACUGUCAUUCACUGUCAUUCACCGACAUUCACUGUCAUUCACUGUCAUUCACUGUCAUUCACUGUCAUUCACUUUCAUUCACUGUCAUUCACUGACAUUCACAGUCAUUCAGUGUCAUUCGCUGUCAUUCAGUUUAAUUCAAUGUCACUCAUUGUAAGAAUGAGGGUUGUUUUAAUUUAAUUUCAGACAUGAUACAUUUUUGCUAGUAUACAGGCAUUUAAAGUGGGCCCGUUGGUAAUUUGAUGGGCGUCAAUUAGUAUAUUAAUAUAUGGGUAAGUAUUAAAGUACAUAGGUCAAUUAGUAUACAAAUAUAUUGAUCCGUUAGUGUAUAAAUAUGUGGGUCCUUAAGUAUAUCAAUAUAUUGUCCAAUUAAUAUAUAAUAUGGGUACGUUAGUGUAUAAAUAUGGGGGGUCCAAAAGUAUAUAAAUACGUGGGUCAAUAGUAUAAAAAUGUGUGGGUCAGUUAGUAUAUAAAUAUAGUAUAUGGGUCAGUAGGUGUACAAGUAUGUGGGCAAUAAUACAUAGGUCUCUUAGUUUAUCAAUGAUAAUGUGCGAGUCAGUUAGUAAAUUGAUAAUAAUAUCUAAGUCAUUUAGUAUAUUUAAAAUAACAUGUUGGACAGUUAGUAUAUAGCUAUUUGGGUCAGUUAGCGUAUCAAUAAAAUUGAUUUGAUUCGCCACCAUUCCCCUGAUGCAGCGUUGUAGUUUUUACUCCACUAGGUCAGCUGACACAGUUCCCAUGAUGCCAUGAAUUUCUCCACCCUCCCGCCCCAGUCCAUCAAACUCCUCUCCUCUUUGUACCCCAACUGUGUCAAAGUGGUCAGCAGUGUCCAGAGUGAAGUGACCCUUGGUGGCAAACAUCGGCGCCCCGUGCGAGACGAAGAGUCAGAUUUUGGCGCCCUGGUGUACAUCGUGGUGGUUCUCGUGUUUUACUCAGCAGGUGCCCGCUAGAUAACUUAUUAGAUUAUCUGUAAGCUAUUUAAUUAAUGGAUGUUCAAUGAUGAUCUUUCAGGUGGUUGGGACUCGGGUGGAUGGGACCCAUCGUAAGAGAAGGAAAUCUUUGAACUCGAACCCGGAGACGGAGUCCCGUAGGCGGUACAACAUUGACACAUUGGAAAUUCCAACUCCCGCGACGCUACUGGCGUCAAGCUGUAUCAUCCACACAAGAUGAGCCCUUUGGAUGUUCAAAUCGGUGAAGCGAUGUAAUUUGCUCUCUAUGUAACCAGCUUGUCCUUACUAAAAGAAAAAUCUCAGGGCUACGAGAUUUCAUCUCCAGAAGUCUACAGCAUCAUUAAAAAAAGUAGGGUUCUGUGUGGUUCGGUAGCGUAGCUCUGAGGAUGCGUGGGGUGAAGACCCCCUUGGUGACACCCACUCAAGGCGAUGACAGCUGAUGGAAAUUUGACAGAGCUCUCUUAUCUCUUGGGUCGGUUUUAUUAGUGAUCUAAGUUAAAUAAAAGAGCGGGGUGCCACCAGAGCAGGGUGCCACCAGAACAGGGUGCCACCAGAACAAGUUGCCACCAGAGAAGGGUGCCACCAGAACAAGUUGCCACCAGAGCAGGGUGCCACCAGAACAAGUUGCCACCAGAGCAGGGUGCCACCAGAACAAGUUGCCACCAGAGCAGGGUGCCACCAGAACAAGUUGCCACCAGAGAAGGGUGCCACCAGAACAAGUUGCCACCAGAGAAGGGUGCCACCAGAACAAGUUGCCACCAGAGAAGGGUGCCACCAGAACAAGUUGCCACCAGAGAAGGGUGUCAAUAAAGCAGGCUUACUCGAGAAGUCGAUGUAAAGUCUGGAGGGGUCUCCAUGUUAUAUUUCUACAGGUGUAAUAUUGAUGAUUGUAUUGCUAUACGUACGUAUGGCUGUUGUAACUAUACAGGUGUAAUGUUUAUUGUUGAGUUGCUGUAGGUUUCACGUUGAUUGUUAAUUUCUACAGUGUAUCUCGAUUGUUGUUUUUCUAACAGAUGUAAUAAUGAUUGGUGUAUUUCUACAGGUGUAAUGGUGAUGAUUGUCCGUUACCUGAAGACAGAAAAGAAAGAACUCGAGGAAGAGGCGGCCCUGGAGAAUUUCUUCAAGUACAUGCCAGACCGGAAACAAGAGCAGGAGCACAGGGUCAACCGAGUGGCCAUCCACGCCUUCCACACGCUGACCUCUAUCUCCUACGAUGAGGAGGAACUGGACGAACGUGACCUUAUUUCCGAGGAACCAUCUCCAGAGCAUCAGAUCUCCACAAGGAAAAGCGUGGAUAGAAACUGUUCCGAUAACCAAAUGUUUCAACAAUUAUAAAAACCUUCAGGAAAUAAAUAGUUUUACUAGAUCGAUGGCAUCGUGUAAACAUGGGCAUCUUCUAAGUCGACAUUUGAACAUGGACAUCUUCUAAGGCGAUAUUUGAACAUGGACAUCUUCUAAGGCGACAUUUGAAAAAUGGACAUCUUCUAAGGCGACAUUUGAACAUGGACAUCUUCUAAGUCGACAUUUGAACAUGGACAUCUUCUAAGGCGACAUUUGAACAUGGACAUCUUCUAAGGCGACAUUUGAACAUGGACAUCUUCUAAGGCGACAUUUGAACAUGGACAUCUUCUAAGGCGACAUUUGAACAUGGACAUCUUCUAAGGCGACAUUUGAACAUGGACAUCUUCUAAGGCGACAUUUGAACAUGGACAUCUUCUAAGGCGACAUUUGAACAUGGACUUCUUCUAAGGCGACAUUUGAACAUGGACUUCUUCUAAGGCGACAUUUAAACAUUGACAUGUAUUGAGGCGACAUUUAAACAUUGACAUGUAUUGAGGCGACAUUUAUACGGGGACAUCUUCUAAGGCAACUUUUAAACAAUGACAUCUCCUAAGGUGACAUUUUGAACAUGGACAUCUAAGGCGACAUUUUAACACAUACCUCUUCUAAGGCGACAUUUGAACAUGGACAUCUUCUAAGACGACAUUUAAACAAUGAAAUCUCCUAAGGUGACAUUUGAACAUGGACAUCUAAAGCAACAUUUGAACAUAGCCAUCUUCUAAGGUGAAAUUUAAAUAUUGACAUGUAUUAAGGCGACAUUUAUACGGGGGCAUCUUCUAAGGCAACUUUUAAACAAUGACAUCUCCUAAGGUGACAUUUUGAACAUGGACAUCUAAGGCGACAUUUUAACACAGACCUCUUCUAAGGCGACAUUUGAACAUGGACAUCUUCUAAGACGACAUUUAAACAAUGAAAUCUCCUAAGGUGACAUUUGAACAUGGACAUCUAAACCAACAUUUGAACAUGGACAUCUUCUAAGACAUUUAAACAAUGACAGCUCCUAAGGCGACAUUUAAACAUGGACAUCGUCUCAGGCGAAAUUUUAAUAUGUACAACUUCUAAGGCGACAUUUUAACAUGGAAAUCUUCUAAGGCGACAUUUUAACAUGGAAAUCUUCUAAGGCGACAUUUUAACAUGGACAUCUUCUAAGGCGACUUUUGAACAUGGACAUCUCUUUGAUGGCAACAAAUAGAUGGACAUCAGGUCAAUGAAUAAAUAUUAACGUCUUAACAAUGGCAGUUUUAGUUUAAACUAUGGACAUGGACUAUGGACUAUGGUCAAGGCAGUAUCGCGAUAUUGAGUCCAGGAACUUUGACCCUGUUGUCACCAUUUAUUAGCUUUGCCCAGUAGUCUCUGAGCAAAUGAAAGAUAAAUGUUGGCUGUGUGAAAAGUAAAUUUCGCCAUAUAUGUCCUAAAGGGUGGGACGAAAAAGAACGGGAUGUCGCAAAAAAAUAUUUAAUUAAAGGUGAUGGAACACGUCAGGCAGAAGUAUUUGAUAUUUAUUUUUGUUGGAUAUUGAAACCGGUUCGAAAAGUCAAAUUUAUAUAAUCAACAAAUACGACUCACACAAAUACGACCCACAUAAAUGCGACCCACCCACAUACUGAUACGUCUGGCAAAGUUAUAAGCAUGGUCAUUGCUCCGGUCAGCAACCAUCUUAGUAUCACACACUGAUACGUCAAAGUAUCACACAGGAACAAACAUGGAGGCUGCAAUGAAAGCAAACAAACUAUGCUGUUCUUUUUUAGUGGUCAAUAGAAUUCCAAGAUAUACUUUGGUCAAUAGAGUAUUUGUGUGCUCGGGAUUUCGUCACUAAUAACUUUUAAAAAAUCAAAAGUGGUAGUUUUGAUGACCUUAACACAGCAAUGUGUUGAUUUUGUAAAUAAAAAUCUUAACAGUUCAAACCAAAAAUUUGUGUUUUUAAAUCUAAGUUAAGAGUAGAAAUUAUGAUUAAAUGACGUCAUUCUUUGUGAAUGGCAUCCCUCUGGGAUUCAUCGAUUGGGUGUCUCGUAGCCCUACAAAUACUGUUAUCAUUGUCAGAGCAUUCUUUCAUAAAAAUAAUCAGUGACUGAAUAUCCGAAUACAUUUGCUGCUUUCAGUUUCUUCACUGCCGUGAUAGUUCACCCUGCCGUGCAAGACCGAAUACAGCAGAAACUAAUAAAAUACGUGAAACCAAGUGGUGAUGUGUCAGAUACUUCAUACUGCCGUGCAAGACCGAAUACAGCAGAAACUAAUAAAAUACGUGAAACAAAGUGGAGAUGUGUCAGAUACUUCAUACUGCCGUGCAAGACCGAAUACGUCAGAAACUAAUAAAACACGUGAAAGCAAAGUGGGUGCUAGCGGGCCGCAAGUGGCCCGCGGGCCGUAUGUUGUGCAGGCCCGCGUUUUUGUCCCCCUCACCCUUUUUCGAUGAGAAAUUUUUCCCGCCUUCAAAUAAAUGCACACGUGCAAUGAAGUGUGAGAUGAACCCACACGUUCCACCGUGAACAAUGAAUGUAAAACAUGUACUGUUUUUGUUCCAGACAAGUUAAAUAACU